AUGUCCAAGUUCCAGCUCAAGUGGGGUAUCCUGGCCACUGGAGGCAUUGCAGAGACCUUUGCCCGCGAUCUAUGGCCGAACCCAGAGAUCAGAGGAGUCAAGGACAUUGAGCACGUCGUCGUGGCCGCUGCUUCGUCGUCCUCGGCCGACCGUGCCCAGAAGUUCCUCAAGGAAGUGAGGGCACCUGAAUCGGCGAAAGCGUAUGGCUCGUACAAGGAGCUCGUCAACGAUCCAAAUAUCGAUAUCAUCUAUGUCGCGACUCCGCAUAGUCACCACUACCAGAACGCCAUGCUGUGUCUCGAGGCGGGCAAGAAUGUUUUGUGCGAGAAGGCAUUCACCACCAACGCUGCACAAACGGAGUUGUUGAUCAAGAAGGCGAAAGAGAAGAAUGUCUUCCUCAUGGAGGCUGUCUGGACGAGAUACUUCCCUCUCUCGAUCUACGUCCGCGAAAUCAUCACCUCUGGCAAGAUCGGUACGGUCUACCGCACGACUGCCGACUUGAGCAACGCCGACGAACCCGAGACCGCUUUCGCCGACAGCCAUCGAAUGGUGAACCCGGAGCUCGCAGGAGGCGCUCUUCUCGAUCUCGGUAUCUAUGCUCUUACCUGGGUCUUCCAGACCUUGUAUCAUACACAGAAGAAUCCUCAGCCGCCCAGCAGUGUGCUGAGUGCUCUGAAGAAGUAUAAGACCGGAGCGGACGAGAUGACCUCCAUGCUCUUGACAUUCCCACGGAAAGAAGGCGGCGAUGCACACGGCAUUGCCACGACUGGUCUACGAAUCGCAACCGAUCCAGACAAGAAGGGUUCAGCAGGUCCAGCGAUCCGGGUUCAAGGUUCGAAAGGCGAGAUCCAGGUCUUCCCACCUGCGUACCGACCGACCAAGACCAAGCUCGUUCUCCACGACGGCACCAUCGAGGAAAGAGAGUUCGCUCAGCCGGGUCCAGAUAAGAGCACGGGCUGGAAGAACGGAUUCGGAGGUAACUGGAACCCAGAUGGCGCAGGACACGGUAUGUUCUGGGAGGCGGACGAGUGCGCGUACGCGUUGAGGGAUGGACGCAAGGAGGGUCAGUACGAGAGUUUGGAAGAGAGCUUGGUGAUCAUGAAGGUGAUGGAUGAGGUACGGAAGCAGAACAACAUGGUAUAUCCAGAGAAGAUCGAGACGACGAAGUAUCCUGUCGAUCUAUAG